AUGAAUUAUCCAAUUUACAUUAGUUCAAGUAGUGAUGAUGAAGAUGAAGUUCAAGAGCACAUUAAUAGGCAACAACAUGUAACGACCAUCGUUAAUGAUGAGAAGCGUAUCUAUCAAGCAGCGUUACUAGAUCUGAAUCAACCGAAAACCGAAAAAGACUUACCUCCUGGUGUUCUUGCAGUACCUCUUAUGAGGCAUCAGAAGAUUGCAUUGGAAUGGAUGAGACAGAAAGAAAGAAGUUUUAAUAAUUGUUUGGGAGGGAUACUAGCAGAUGAUCAAGGACUUGGUAAAACAAUCUCAACGAUUGCUUUGAUCUUAUUACAGAAGUUGAAGUCGCAAUCAAAGCCUAGAAGUAGAAGAUCUGGUGGUACAUUAGUUGUUUGUCCAGCAAGUGUUGUUAAGCAAUGGGCAAAGGAGCUUGAUGACAAGGUAUCUCUUCAACACAAGCUCUCUGUUUUAGUCUACCAUGGAUCUAAAAGAACCAACGAUCCUGUCGAGUUGGCAAAGUACGAUGUGGUCGUGACAACUUACGCGCUUGUUACAAACGAAGUUCCACAAAACUCUCAGAGCAACAUUCAAUUUUCUGGCGCACUAGCGAGAGUUAGGUGGUUGAGAGUGGUUUUAGACGAAGCUCAGACAAUAAAGAACCAUAAAACACUAGUUGCAAAAGCAUGUUCUCGUCUUAACGCCAAAAGGAGAUGGUGUUUGUCUGGAACACCGAUACAGAACGAAGUCUGGGAUCUUUUCAGCUACUUCAAGUUUCUUCAAUAUCAUCCGUACGCUGAAAUCUGUUCUUUUAGCCAAAGAAUCAUGGUUCCAAUCACAAAGGAUAGUCUUAGAGGUUACAAGAAGCUUCAAGCUAUUCUAAGAGGUAUAUUGCUUCGCCGUACCAAGGAGUUUGAUUUCUACAAGGGGCUUGAAGCAACUUCACAAUCAGAGUUUGAGGCCUAUGCUGAUGCUGGAACGGUCAACAAAAACUAUGUUUACAUUCUUGUGAUGCUUUUGAGACUACGCCAAGCUUGUGACCAUCCACAGCUUGUCAAAACAUCAAAGGAACCAUAUGGAGAUCAUCAUCUACGUGUGAAACAAAGCGACUUUACAUCAACGAAAAUCAAAGCUGUGAUGAAGACGCUUGAGUCGCAAGUCAAGACCUUGGUGUUCUCUCAAUGGACUGGUAUGCUUGAUUUGCUUGAGCAUAACUUUGUCAAAAACGGUGUAACGUUCAGAAGACUAGACGGAACAAUGUCUCUAGUAACAAGAGACAAGGCUGUGAAAGAGUUUAACAAUGAUCCGAGUGUGCAAGUGAUGCUAAUGUCUCUUAAAGCUGGAAACCUAGGAUUGAAUAUGGUGUCUGCAAGUCGUGUGAUAAUAUUGGAUCUUUGGUGGAAUCCAACAACAGAAGACCAAGCUAUAGAUCGUGCUCAUAGAAUUGGACAGACUCGGGCUGUUACUGUGACGCGUAUAACUAUCAAUAACACUGUUGAAGAUAGGAUCUUGGCUCUUCAAGAAGAGAAAAGGAUAGUGGUUGCUUCUGCAUUGGGCGGAUCCUGGUGAACUAUCUGCCACUCGACUAACAGAACAAGAUCUUCAAUAUCUGUUUUUUGGAUAAAUAAUAUAUAUAUAUAUAUAUAUAUAUUUAUAAAGUUAGUGGUUGUUGCAAACGAUGGAACGCACUUUUCUAUAUGA